UUUAGAUAUUUGGAAGAUAACCAGUCAUUUAUCAAGAAGUACUGGCGAUUUGUAUACAUCGCACCUGCUACAUUGAUCCUGGCUGCAACACAGGGAACCCACUUGGCUGUGCUACUGAAACGCCAAAACAUGACACAAUUUGCAGCGAUGCUACCGCCUUUUCUUGUUACGGUACACUCUCUCCUAAAAGCUUCCGUGUUGAUACCACAGACGGCUGAAUUAUCUUCAUUUAUAAGGGAACUCGGUUUUCUUUGGAGGACAAAGUUUACGGAAAGUCAGAGCAAAUUGAAGGAUGCACGACUUUGGAGGCUCAACUUUUGUAACAGAGCGAACUACUAUGUGACCACGUAUGGCACGAUGCAAUACUUGCUAUCACCGAUAUUAGAAACUUUAGUCCGGAGAUACAUUUUACAAGAGGACUGCGAGUUACUACUGCCCAUCGCUGCGAGCUACCCCUUCGACCCAACUAAGAACUGGGUGAUUUAUAUCAUAGGAUAUAUCUUCCAGUUCUAUACUUUGUUUCUCCUUGUGUAUAUCUACACUGGAGCGGAAUUAAUCCUUAUAACGUCGUGUGCUCUACUUGGUAUAGAAUUUCUGAUGCUUAAAGAUGACUUAUCAAAAAUCCAGCCAAAUACAGUAGAGGCCAUUGAAAGUGAUGACGGAAUCCCGAAGCCAACUUUAAGGGAAUUUGUAAUUAGACACCAGAAACUGAUAAGGCUAUCUCAACAGUUGGAUAACGUAUUCAACCGGAUGAUAUUCAUUGAUCUAUUGUUUGUUGGGAUCACGACGUGUUCUUUCAGUUUUGCGGCCGAGUUCGCCCGGGGUCCGAUCUACAUGCUGAACAAUUACGUGGCGGUUGCCGCGUCUCAGAUGACCGUUUUCUAUAUGUGUUACUACGGCGAGAUUCUUACAGGAGCGAGUGCUGACAUAGGUGACCGAGCCUAUAAGAACCAGUGGUACAAAGGUGACAAACAAUUCACAACGGCUAUCUGGCUCAUCAUUAAAACAUCCCAAAAACCGUGUUGUAUAACAUCCUUGAGGUACGCUGUCGUCUCCCUGAACAUGUUUAGUAAGGUCGUGAGUACAACGUGGUCUUACUUCUCAUUAAUGAACUCGGUCUAUUCUGAAGAAUGAACCACAACAGCCUGCAUUCAGCAUUUAUUUAAGCUGUAUUCUGCACUCCGAAACACACGUAGGAAAAUAUUUAUUCACUAGCUCUGUUCAAUGAAUAAAUUGUUCGUUUGUUACCAAAUAAUAUUGGACUUUCAAUUUUCGAUGUGAGUCGUGGAUGCAUGGCGAUUCUAUGGAUGGAUUUGUAUGCAGGCAAGUACCAAUGAGACUUUUACAGAUUCUUAUUAUGUACUGUUAUCUAUUGAAAAACAUCACUGCCUUCUUCU